AUGGUUCUCACCCACACCACCAACCAUACCUACUCCCAUCCCUUCCCGACCGUUACGCUCGCCUUCUUCCUCCGGUACUCCUCUCCGCAGCUCAAUCCCUUCGCCGCUCAUGUCAUGAGCACCGACACAAUUGACAGCCAUGUCGACCCCAAGACCAAUCGGCUGCACACCACCCGCAUCCACCUCAAGAAGAGCCGCAUGCCUGCCGCCGUCUACAAACUGCUCCCCAAGAGCGUGACUGGAGGUGGCACCGGUGAUAAGGCCUCAUACGUCCUCGAAACCAGCAUCGUCGACAUCAAGGAGGGCUGGAUGAAGUGCGAGAGUCGCAACCUCAACUUUACUGGUGUGCUGUCAAUCACCGAGAAGCAGCAGUUCUACCUCCCUACCUCGGAUGGACUUCAGGCGGCUGCCAACGAGACGGAUGUGACAACAAUGGUCGAGUUCAGGUCAAGACUCGGAGAGAAGCUUCGAGGCAAGUUGGGGCAGGCACGAGAAGAUGGCUGGCUCUCUGGCGUCGGCGGGUGGGGUACCAAAGGUAUCCAGCGCAGCAUCGAGAGCCUGGCCUCUACAAAGACGCAAGACCAGCUGGGAAAGAGCCGCGACGGUAUGCGGCUGGUUCUCGAGCGACUGCGAAACAACGGUGUUAUUGGCGUCCUCGAAACCUUGCGGAGAGAGCGCCAACAACUUGUCUGA